GGCGCCCUCACCAUUGGCUCGGGAGCCUAUAGGGGCGUUGCUUCGCAGUUUGAGAGUGCUUAGGGUGCACGGGGUGUUCUAGGGAUGGCUAAGGGAAAGCGUACUUGGCACCGAUCCCUCCUUUCAGUAUAGACUGCAGUUUACAUUAGGCAGCAAUUUUUUUUCUUCCCUAGCGCGUAUGUGUGUGUCAGGGGGAUGAAUGUGUCAUAAAUAGUUCGCGUUUAUAGAGGGUAGUGGAUGCAUGUUUAGCAAUGCAAUGAGGCCAGUGCACUUUGCAAGACUUGCGCUGCUGCAGAGAGCCUCCGCGGAUCCCACGACCUGUUGCUGCUGACAAGCCGGGGGAAAGGGAGAGGGAGUAGGGGAGCCGCUCGGGGGAGAGACAGAGGGUACUGCCUUGGAGACGACAGCCUGGGUUUCUUCGCGGAGGAAAUCAUGCAGUUUGCAAUCUGGCUGGUUGGACUAAUGUGUCAUCUGUCAGCAUUUGUCCGGGACACGUUGCAAUACCGAUUGCAUCCAAAACAAGAAAGCUUCAUCAAGCAGCUGUCAUCGUAUGAAAUCAUCACCCCGCUCCGUGUGAAUGACUUCGGAGAAUCAUUCCCCCACACAUUGCACUACAGAAGGAGACGGAGAAGUUUGAAUGAUGACCUGUCAGGCUUACGGGUUCACUACAGGAUUGAUGCGUUCGGGGACCGCUUUCAUCUCAAUCUGACCGCAGACUCCGGCUUCAUCGCCCCCUCUUACACAGUGACACACUUGGGAGCGGAACAGAGCAACGGCACGGACUCCUACUUUCAUGACCCGAGCGAUAUGCGCCACUGCUUUUUCCGCGGACACGUCAACGCCAAGAGCGAGUACCCAGCCGUCUUCAGCCUGUGCACUGGCCUUAUUGGGACUUUUACAACGCAACAUGGUGAAUAUUUUUUGGAGCCUCUUAUAAAUGCUGUGGGGGAGGAAUAUGACGAAGAGCAAAACAAACCUCAUCUUGUCUAUAGACAUGACAGAAAGAGGAACAUCUCGAAUGUGGAGAACAACACAGAGCCCUGUGCUGCCUCAGAAGACUCCAAGGGGCCAGUGUCUUUUGAGAGCAGAGAGAAUAUGGGAGAGGAGCUGGACUCUCUCAGAGCCACAAUAGACGAUCAACACAUUUAUGAAAACAACUCCACCACAACGAACCCCAGAUCCCCACACAGACGCAAGCGUUUCCUCUCCUACCCUCGCUAUGUUGAGCUGAUGGUGACGGCAGAUGCCAAAAUGGUGCGUCACCAUGGACGCAACCUAGAGCACUACAUCCUAACAAUCAUGUCAGUAGUAGCAGCAGUGUAUAGGGAUCCCAGCGUAGGAAACCUCAUCAACAUCAUGAUUGUCAAGCUAGUCAUCGUUCACAAUGAACAGGAAGGGCCCACAGUGAGCUUCAAUGCUGCUACGACUCUCCACAACUUCUGCGUUUGGCAGCAGAGCCAAAAUGUCCAAGAUGACAGCCAUCCUUCUCACCAUGACACAGCACUUCUCAUCACCAGGGAAGACAUCUGCCGUGCGAAAGAUAAAUGUGACACGUUAGGGCUAGCGGAGCUGGGGACCAUGUGCGACCCGUACCGGAGCUGCUCCAUCAGUGAGGAAAAUGGAAUUAGUGCCUCCUUCACCAUCGCUCAUGAGCUGGGCCAUGUGUUCAACAUGCCUCAUGAUGACAACCCUAAGUGUCGUGAGGUGGGCAUGAAGCACCAGUAUCAUGUCAUGGCUCCCACGCUCAACUAUGACACCAAUCCCUGGACGUGGUCUAAGUGCAGUCGCAAGUACAUCACAGAGUUUUUAGACACUGGCUAUGGAGAGUGCCUCCUUGAUGAGCCUGUAGGCAGGACGUACGAGCUGCCCACCCUCCUCCCUGGUCAAAUCUACAAUGCCAACAGACAGUGUGAACUAAUGUUUGGACCCGGUUCCCAAAUUUGCCCCUAUAUGAAACAGUGCAAGAGGCUGUGGUGUACAAGUGCAGAGGGGGACCAUAAAGGAUGUCGCACACAGCACAUGCCACUGGCUGAUGGGACUGACUGUGGACACGGAAUGUAUUGCAGACACGGGAUGUGCGUAAACAAGGAGUUGGACCUGCAGCCAGUUCAUGGCGAGUGGGGUCCCUGGGGGCCCUACAGUGUUUGCUCCAGGUCCUGUGGUGGAGGAACCCGGAGCACCACCAGAGACUGCAACAAGCCCGAGCCCAGAAAUGGCGGCAAGUUCUGUGUGGGUCGCAGGAUGAAGUUCCGCUCUUGCAACACUGAGCCAUGUCCGCGAGGGCGGAAAGAUUUCCGCGAAGAGCAGUGCUCUCAGUUUGAUGGCAAGCAUUUCAACAUCAACGGUCUACCUCCCAGCGUCCGCUGGGUCCCCAAGUACAGUGGCAUACUAAUGAAGGAUCGCUGUAAGCUCUUCUGCCGGGUUGCUGGGACUACGGCGUAUUAUCAGCUGAAGGACCGCGUAAUCGAUGGCACGCCGUGUGGGACAGACACUUAUGACAUCUGUGUUCAAGGCCUCUGCAGGCAAGCAGGCUGCGACCACGUCCUCAACUCGAAGGCCAGGAAUGACAAGUGCGGAGUGUGUGGAGGGGACAACUCAUCGUGUAAAACUCUGGCAGGGACCUUUAACGAUGCACAGUAUGGUUACAACACAGUGGUGCGGAUCCCAGCUGGAGCCACCAACAUUGAUAUCAAACAGGUCAGCUACUCUGGAAAGCCAGAAGACGACAACUACCUCGCAUUAUCUGAUAGCCAGUCCAACUUCCUCUUGAAUGGGAACUUUGUGGUGGCCAUGUUCAAAAGGGAAAUCACCUUCAAAGGAACUGUCAUUGACUACAGCGGCUCGGACACAAAAGUAGAGCGCAUCAACUGCACUGAACGCAUCGAGGAGGAACUUAUUCUACAGGUCUUGUGUGUGGGAAACCUCUAUAACCCAGAUGUCCGUUACUCCUUCAACAUACCCAUCGAGGAACACAGGGAGCAGUUUGUGUGGGAUCCCUCAGGCUCCUGGCUCGAGUGCAACCGCAUCUGUCAGGGCGAGCGGAGGCGAAAGGCGGUGUGUGUGCGCAAGAGUGAUCACCUCGAGGUAUCGGACCAACGCUGUGAACAUUUACCUCGUCCUGUUGCUGUUACUGAGCCCUGCAACACUGACUGUGAAGUCAGGUGGCAUGUUGCUGGAAAAAGCGAAUGUUCUGCUAAAUGUGGCCCAGGCUACCGCAGCCUGGAUGUUCAGUGUAUGAAGUACAGCCUGAUGAAGAGACAGAGUGAGAGGAUGGAGGCCAGCAUGUGUGGGGACGUUGCAAAACCUCAGACCAGAGAGCCCUGCCAUGGGGACUGUCUGCUGAAGAACUGGCAGUACAGUGCCUGGUCACAGUGCUCUAAAACAUGCGGACGUGGGAGCCGUAGCAGAGAGUCUUACUGCAUGAACAACCUGGGCAGACGGCUGGUAGACAGAGAGUGCAAUGAAUACCAGAGGGUGGUUACCGAAACCUGCAACGACCAGCCGUGUCCGAAGUGGACCGUCAGCGAGUGGAGCGAGUGCUUAGUGACUUGUGGGAAAGGGAUGAGACACAGGCAAGUGUCCUGCACCAUGGGAGCUGGGGAAGAAAAGCUGAGUGAGCACUUCUGUGACCCGUCCAGCAAACCCCAAGCCGUGGGGAGCUGCGAGCUGCCUGAGUGUGCGUCCUGGCAGGUUGGCGUCUGGGGAGCGUGUGCGGUGACCUGUGGCCACGGCUACCAGAUGAGAGCUGUGAGGUGUGUGUCAGGGGACUACGGUGACACAGUGGAUGACAGAGAGUGCAAUGCUGCAGCGAGACCCAGAGACAGUCAGGACUGUGAGAUGCCAGGAUGUCCAUGGGCCUCUCCGGCACAAAGCACACCUCGUCCUGACAACUCAGCUCAGCUCCUGACUCAGUGGAGAUAUGGCUCCUGGACUGCGUGCUCCGUGUCUUGUGGCAAGGGGAAGCGGGCGCGUUAUGUCAGCUGCAGAGAUGCCCAGGGAGGAGUGGCUGACGAGUCAUACUGCGCCCACCUGCCACGGCCCCCGGAGUCCUCUGCCUGCUUCAGCCCAUGUGGCCAAUGGCGUGCCGGGGAGUGGUCGCCUUGUUCAGUAACAUGUGGCAUGGGAAGAACCACCAGACAGGUGGUCUGCUCUAACUACCACCAGCCAGUGGACCAGUCUUUCUGUGACCUGGAAGAAAAGCCUGCAACAGAACAGGAGUGUACCGCUGCACCCUGUCCCUCUAUCUACCAUCGCCAGCGUAUCAACGAUCAGCCCUAUGGAUAUCCCCAGGACCCAGGACACCAUCCUGGGCACAGCAGCUGGAAUGUGCCAUCAGCAGACAACCAGUGGAGGACUGGACCCUGGGGCGCAUGUUCCAGUACCUGUGCAGGAGGCUUCCAGAGGCGAGUGGUGGUCUGUCAAGACGCUGAUGGACGCAGCAACAGCUACUGCGACGAGAGAGUCAAACCCGCCGAGUCCAAGAGCUGUGACUCUGGACCCUGUCCUCUGUGGAACUAUGGUGUCUGGGGAGAGUGUACCCAGACCUGCGGUGGAGGAAGGAGGACUCGUCUGGUGGUGUGUCAGAGGCCCAGUGGUCAGAGGCUCAACGACUACAACUGUGAUGUCCUGGACAAGCCGCCAGAGAUGGAGCAAUGCAACCAGCAGCCCUGCCCAGGCUCUGCCUCCUGGCACCGCCGACCAUGGAAGCCGUGUUCAGUGACUUGUGGUCGGGGGACCAAGAAGCGGGAGAUAGCCUGUGUUCUUCAGAACCAAACCAAAAUAGAGGAGGAGCACUGCAGUCAUCUGCCACGGCCGCGAACACAGAAGGCCUGUCGGGCGCGGGGAUGCCCCACGUGGAAAGCCAACAGGUGGAGUGAGUGUUCUGUCACCUGUGGAGUCGGAGUUCAGAGCCGAGAUGUUUACUGCAGGCUAAAAGGCACUGGGUGGGUCAGAGAGGAUCUCUGUGAUGCUCACCAGCGCCCUGAUGUAGCCCGACCAUGCCAAAUUGCAGAGUGCACACAUUACUCUUGGGUUGCUGGUGAAUGGGAAGAAUGUAAUGCAACCUGUGGAGAAGGCAUGAGAAGCAGGAAGGUGGGGUGUAUGGGCCCAGGGAUGACACCCGUCCAGGACGAUUACUGCAAGCCAUCGUCCCAGCCUCAGUCACACCAACCCUGCAAGAGAGCUCCCUGCCACUACAUGUGGAUCACAGGGGAGUGGUCACAGUGCUCUGCCAGCUGUGGUGUUGGCUACCAGCAGCGUAUUGUCUCCUGCUCCGUGAUUCCCUCCUCCCAGGCUGCGCACCCGUACGCUGCUGCUGCUGCUGCUGCUGCUGCUGCCCAGUCCUCCUCUGCCAGCACCCAUUGCCCCGAGCCUCACCCUCCUGGCACCCGGCCGUGCCUCCUCAGGGACUGCCCGCACACAACCUACUGGAAAGUUGGCCCGUGGAGCAAGUGCUCACAGACCUGUGGCGCAGGAGUGAUAGAGCGCAGAGUGGAGUGUGUGACCUCCAAAGGACAACCAUCCAAACACUGCCGUCCAUCAGAAAGACCUGAGUCUCAAGCUGCAUGUCAAGACAGAGAAUGCCAGUUGUUCGCUUCCUGCCGAGAGGUCCAGAUGAGACAGGGUGUGAGGAUAGAUGGGGAAUACUAUCUCAAAGUCAAGUCCCGGAUCCUACAGAUUUACUGUGCUGAGAUGCAGACUGAUUUCCCCAAGGAGUAUGUGACCUUGCGCAGCGGUCAAACAGACAACUACUCAGAGGUGUAUGGACACAGGCUGCUGAAUCCUUUCGAAUGCCCGUACAAUGGCAGCCGAAGACAAGAUUGCAACUGCAGGAAUGACUACUCAGCAGCGGGAUACACACUCUUCCACAAAGUUCGCCUGGACCUCAGCUCCCUGAGGAUAAUGAUCACAGACCUCCAGUUUUCCCAGACUCUAUUUGGUCGACCUGUGCCCUUUGCUUCAGCAGGAGAUUGUUAUAGUGCAGCCAAGUGUCCACAGGGCCAGUUCAGCAUCAAUCUGAUUGGCACUGGCCUCAAAGUGGCUGAGGCCACCAAGUGGACAUCGCAGGGCAACUAUGUUUCUGUCAAAGUCCACAGAUCUGAGGACGGAACAAGAAUCUAUGGCCGCUGUGGUGGUUUCUGUGGGAAGUGCAUUCCCCAGGCUCACAACGGCCUACUCCUUGAAGUCCACUGAGGGCCAUGCAGAGACCAAACCCCUAAAUCUAUCCUGAAGACAGUAGCCCAGGAACAUGAAAUAAUAGUGAUUUGUUUGAGCCUGUAGGAGCAUUUAACAGUAAUCAUCCUAUAGUAACAUCCCGAGUUCCCAAAUGGCAGCUAAAACAUACAAGACAUUAGGUACUGUGCAGUACCACAGGGCCAUCAUCAGGUCCUUCAUCCAAACUGCUAACUCUGAAGAGGAGCCAGCUAGUAUUGUGGCUAUCAAACACAUCUCUGCUUUUAAAUUUAAAAUGUUUUUUUCUGAUUCUGUUAUACAUUUUUUUUCAAACAGAUAUAGAACUUCAAAAAUUGGGAAAGCAACCACACAAACAGUAGAUUAAUCUAACAGACUUAUCCUCUCUCUGCAAGAAGCACAUUUUCAUCUUAAAAAAACAACAACUUUCUCUUACAGUAUUUUGUGAAGUGAAGUGUAUUUUGUGAAAAACACAUUUUCUGGUAAAAUGGCCAGAAUUCCAUCAUGAAGUACCUGGAACUAAUCUUGUUUUAUGUUACCUUCCAUGGGACAUAGAUAUUUAUAUUUACAGCUACUGUGUUUAAGCACCACUUAUCUGACUGAUUUACAACUGGUGAGACAGUCUAAAAAUCAACAUACUGUAUGUCUACUUUAAUCAUUGCAAUCCUCUAGUGAUGAAGAAGCACUGCAGACAGACACCAGAAUAGUAUGUAAGGGAUGGCUAUGUUAUUGAUUUACAUUAUGACAGCUAUUAGGUUCAUAUAAAAAUAUGUAAUAUAAACUCAUAGGUUUGUUUUUUUUUGUGUGUGUGUGACUACUAAAUGCUAUGCCACAGAAAGUCUUGGCCUUACACAAGUUUAAAGGAGUAGUUCAACAUUUUGGCAUACACAUUUAUUUACUUUCUGGUCAAAAAUUAAAUAAGAAGUUCAAUACCACUCUCAUAUCUGUACACUAAUAUGAAGCUGCCACCAGCAGCCAGUUAGCUUAGCUUAGCACAAAGACUGGCAACAGUCGUAAGUUUAUUUCCUAAACGGUCUAACUAUUAGGGCUUAAGACUUAUAGAAAGAGUAAUGUAGCAACUAACUACUGAUAUCCUCUAGACCUGCCAGAGGUCAGAGGUCAAAAUAUAGGAAGAACAUUGGGAGCCCUGAGACCAACUACAGAUCAUUUUAGUAUUCAUUUUUGUAUAUUUUUAGCCUGUCUGCUGUCAUCUGUUGUCAGUCAUUUCACAAAACUACUGAAACCUUGAUGGACAGUCCACUAACUGACAUGCCACUGUCAUAGAGGCAAACUAAACACCAGUGCUGUAAGGAAAUAACUGAAAUACUUCAAUAUUUCUUAGUGUUUAUGUACAAUAUAGAUUUUUUCCGUGGCUUUUUUUAAACCAUGAGAAUAGUUUUAUUUUUAGAAUUUCAUUAGUGUUAUUCCUCUAUUACGUCACACAGACAAGUUCUCAUCUGUUACGCCGUGACACAGUAUCAGGUGUGAUGUCUCACGUCAUACCCUCCACUGGGCCUACUGUAGGUACCUGCAACCCCUACCUCUCACAAGCAUCCAUACUCUACUGAGAUAUGUGUUGUAAUAUAUUUAUGUCUGAUCAUAUUUAUUCUGUAUUGACUUGUAGAUACAUUCUGUGUUUUAAGGUACAAUGACUACUACCAACAGAGAAGCCAUUGUCUGAUGUUUUUGCUCUAUGUCUGCUUUGCUUAAAAAAAGGUAUUAGCCUGCUGUUUGUAGUGUGUAACCACUAACCUUAAAUGAGGAUCUUUUGAAUGGUGCUUUUGAACUACUGGAAUUACCUCUGAUCUUGAGAACGAAAACACUGGCUUUGGGAAUAAUACUUGCUGUGGCAGAGCUUCAGUUCACUCCACUCCACUAACUGACAGGGUUUGGCCUAGAAGUCUCUUCAGCAGAUGUAACAUCUGCCCAUAAAUGCAUACCAUGGUCCUCUUAUUAAUGUGGCUGAAAAAAUAGCUGCAAGGUUGCCAGAUAUAUCAGAUAAACCGCUGCACAAGAAAAUCUGACCUUGAGUUGUACUUAACACAUCAUAAAUGACUUUGACCAGUACCACUACUAUAAGCAACCUAACAUGCUGGUACUCUGAUGUUAAGCUUUAACCAAAGUUAGAAGAUAGAUGCAGAUUUUUCUUUUCUUCUCAGACAAUGCAGCUUCUUUUGAUUUAAAGAAUGGCUGAAAAUAAAUGAAAAUGAGCAGUCAAUGAGCAGCUAGAAAACCUUUGGCUAUCAUUCAUUUUUAUGAUGGUCAAUUGUGCUAUGAGGUCUGUAUCAGAAAUUUAAAGAAUACUUGAUGCACUAUGUGCCAUAAAUUUUGUAGAAAUGUAAUCCUGUUUGUUUUUUGUAAUAACCAUUAAGAUGUGUAACUUAUGAUAUAUGUGUAUUUUUAAUAUUCAUACUUGAAUUGUAAACAGUGUGCUAAAUAUUGAAUGGGCAUUGGUACUGAAUAGAGAAACAGUGUGCUUGUUUGCCAUGCUUUAUCCAAAGAUGUUUUUAAGAAUCAUAUGUACCUUCAGUAUGUAUGUAGCCUGUAUAAAAGAAAUGAAUGAUUGAUUCUGGUGCUAUGGUUACUAAUCGUACCAAUACUGUAUGUCGUGCUACUAUACUAACGCUGUCAAAAAAUAAGUAUUAAUUAAACAUGCUUUUCAGCUG